ACUAUUUGCUACAUGGUUGAAGCUGUGAAGGCCAUGGCUGGUAAAACUCCACUGUCGAUCCUUACUGAUCAAUGUCCCGCGUAGAAAAAGCGAUUGAGCGAGAUGGCUGUAACUCAAUAAGGUCCUUUUAUUCAACCAGCCCACAUCCUGGCAAUUUAUGAGAAAAGCUAUAUGUCACAAACUGUGAAGAUAGAGAUUUUUCUCUUUGGAUUCAAAAUUGAAUCCUUUGGUUGAUAAUGAGGUUGAUGAUCUGCAGCCAUGUUUUAUGAAUCACUACUUCAGUCAUCCGCGCCAUUAAUCUCUGAUGGGAAAUGUGAGCAGUUCAGUAACAGAUCAACUAAACCAUUGAUAGUGAGGGAAUGAGACCAGAAGACGAGGAGUUGUGCAAUCGACUACGAAGUAUGAAGCACGGUUGCUUUAAUGGGUUUUCACGAAGGCCCAGAGACCUUAAAAGGGUUCUCCAUGGCUCCAACACCUCCUGGUUUUUUUUUUCCCCUUUUGGUAAAGAACCCCCUGACUUAAAUUGUAGAAAUGUUGCAGUGUAUUGUUUCCUCUGCUCAGAUGGCAUUGCCAACCACUUCAUUUGCCAAUGCAAGGUUCCCUCUUAGCCGGCCUAAACCUGAUUUCCGGCUGUUGCGCCGCCUGCAACCUCUCUCCUCACCCAGUCUCCAAUGUGUUUCUCCAGUUAGGCAUGGUGUAGUGGCGGCAUUGGGCUCGCAGGGUAGCAAAAGGAAGUCUGAGUUAUUUGAACUUGAGCUUAAAGUUCGAGACAGUGAAUUGGAUCAAUAUGGAGUUGUAAACAGUGCGAUCUAUGCAACCUAUUGCCAACAUGCUUUUACUGAACUGUCUCGAAGAUAUGGCAUCUGGCCAGAUGCAACUACACAUGCUGGCGAUGCAAUGGCAGUAACAGAGUCAUCCUUUAAAUACCUCAGUCAUUUAAGAAGUGGUGACCUGUUUCUAGUGAAGGUGAGGAUCAUUGGCUUCUCAGCUGCUAGGAUAUUCUUUGAGCACUUCAUAUUCAAGCUACCCAGUCAAGAGCCUGUUUUGGAAGCGAAGACCACAGUAGUUUAUCUUGACAAAAAUUAUCGUCCUAUCUGUAUUCGGGCAGAGUAUAAAUCAAUAUUGGAACAAAUUGUUUGCAUUGAGGACUGAGGAGUCAAACCGGUCUCAUUAUAGUAAUAUGAAGCAGAAAGGUCUUUUUUUUCCAAGUGGAAGUACUCAAUGAGUUGUCCCAAAAUCUACCAACCUGUGCUAGAGUGGUUCUAUAUCAUUGGUACUCUGUUCUCCAAACCUAAGAGGUCCUCACCGUUGCUGGUGAGCUUGAUGCAUUUUGGUGUAUUAAAGGUUAAUGCCAAUACUAGCUAAUUAUCACUGUGUUGGAUUCCGACAUUCUCAAUAAGGAAUCCACUUCUUGAAUAGGGAGAAUAUCAAGUAGAAAUUGGUUGAAUGUAAUUCGAAAAAAUUCCUAGCUUGGUGGCAAUUUGUAAAAUGUUCACAAAAUUAUUUAAAGAUAUUAUUGUUAAAAUAAUUAUUUACAAAUAUUUUAUUGAA